GCAAUACAACGUGCACCGUGGUUCAGCUUUCAUGCUGCGACGCACUCAACGACUGUCCCGCCUCACCUUCGAGGGCCUCCUGUGUGGGGUGCGUCCGGAGCUGCCGCCACCGCAGACACUGGCGGCGGCUUGCACACACGCCACGGAGCAGUUCAUGACGCAGUGCAGCAGCAGUGCCCCGCUGCCCAUUGCCUUGGCGGCGACCACAGUAGCCUCGCUACUCAUGCAGAAGCGGCUGCGAGAUGCGGCAGGCGUGCUGUCCCUGCACCCCCAUCUACCGCAGGUGCUGCGCGCCGUGCGGGACUACGUGUGCCGCUACCCGGACGUCUUUCCUCUCGACACGCUGCGGGAGAUGUCAAAGGAGGCGAAGUGCGUUAGCGCGGCUGCCGUUACCACCUUCUUGCAAGCAGCGGUACAUCGGUUUCUCUGUCAGCUGCCUCCGAGCUCCGCAGUGCAGCCGGGUCCAGAUGAAGAGGCGCAGAAGUGGGAUGCCCAGCGAGAGGAGUUGCGAGCGCUGUUGACGCGUCACGUACGCUUUCAUCCGUUCUCGGCCGCCUCUCUGCUCCGUCCACUCUGCGUCCUCAGCGAGGGCACGGCGGCGGAGCGCGAAGACGUGAUGGAAGUGAUGCGCACUGCCAUGCAGCAGCAGAGAAUCAAUCCGGCUGAUUUCGGCUACGUGCUGGAAGUCCUGCUGCGCGGCGACGAACCGCGACGUGCGGCGCAGAUGUGGGAGUGGGUGCAGCACACGUCUGCUUGCUGGGACACCCGCGCCGUAUCGGCCGCCGUCAUGGCGUUUGCUCAGCUCGGCAAGUUGGACGAGGCGGUCGCGUGCAUGCAGCGCCUGGCGGAGGCGGGCAACGACCCGUCUACCGCGGCACAGGUGGCAUUUAUUCGCUUUCUCGGCGAGCGCUCCCUGCCACUGUCGCAAUACGCCGAUCAGCUUGUUCACCAUUGGUGUCCCUCCGAGGAACAGCUGUGGCGCGGUGCUGGGCAAGACGUCGGCAUCGAACUCAUUAAACUCCGCUGCCGAUGCGGUCUGCAUGCCGAGGCAGUCGAAUUGUUAGAGGCUGCGUACAGGACCAACGUCGAUGCACCCGCUGAGCUGCACCGGUUCUUGCGGCACCCACAUGUUGCGGUGCUCGCCCGCCGUUACGCACCCCUUACCUCGGAGAAUAAAACGCUGCAGCAGCUGUUUCUCGACACGCUGCUGCGUACCCCAACGCUCGCGGCGGACCGGCCGGACAUGGUCGGCCUUCUUCUCUGCUUAGGGGUGGCAGCGCAUCGGCUGCCGGAGGUGUACGCGGCGGUGGAGCAGUUGUCGUUGGAUGCCGACGCCUUUCAGCAGGCCCUUAACUUUUUUGCUCGCCGUGGCGCCUCCAAGACGGCGCAAGCGGCCGAUGUGCUGGCGUGCAUGGAGGAGGUGGCGUCGCGCACCGGUAAUGUGGUGCCAGCAGAGCUGAAGGUUUGGCUGCAGCUGGCAAAGGAGAUGUAG